AUAACAAGCCGAGCCUGGAAGAGUUUCUCCAGUACCUUGAGAAACGGGCCUUGGCUUUAGAAAAUGCUGAGCAAGGUCACACUGCGGGUAACUCACGGGUAGCAGCUCUCGCCACGCAGGGAUCAUCAUGCAGUUACUACCUUGUUGCCGAGCAAUCAGAACGUGGUGGUGGUGCCAAUGAACCUCAGCUCACCAGCUGCAAGUGAUCCUCACGGGUCACAACAGGUUCUCCCUACUGCUUCGUGUCACACUACAUCACAAGGGUCUCCAGGGUUUGAAUUACACAUAUUUCCAACACUAUUUGGUCACAUAAUAGGAGGAGGUUUGCCAGUCAAUUUAUCCAAACCAUCUUGUCACAAAGUAGCAUUAAAAUGUGAGCUAGAUAUACAAAAAACAAUUUCUCAGUUUUGGUCUUAUGAAAAGGUCCCAGAAUUAUUGCAUGAAAAAACUUCUGAACAGGAGCUGUGUGAACACAUAUUUCAAGGCUCUGUCAAAUUAGAAAAUAAUCACUUUCAAGUUACCUUACCAUUGAAAUUACCUUUAGAAGAUAUUAAUGGCAUAUUAGGCGAAUCCUUUCACCUUGCUUUAAAGAGAUUUUUAAAUUUAGAAAAGAAAUUGCAUUCAAAUCCAAAUCUAUUCAUGCAAUAUCAAAGAUUUAUCCAUGAAUACUUAUCACUUAACCAUGGUCAUUAUAUGGACAUUGAACUGUAUGACAUAAACAAACAAGCAACUUACUAUUUACCCCAUCAUGCAGUAAUAAAUGAAAAUUCAAGUACAACCCGACUUCGGUGUGUAUUUGAUGCUUCAAUGAAAACUGACAAGAAGGUCAGCUUAAACAGUUUACAACUCAAUGGACCGGUAGUGCAAAAAGAUCUUUUUGAUAUACUCAUGCUAUUCAGAUUUGGCAAAUAUACAUUCACAACGGACAUCAAACAUAUGUUCCGCAAUAUAAAAAUUGAUCCCAAAUUCACUUCUCUACAAAACAUUCUUUGGAGAGACAAUCCAAGUGAAUCAAUUAAAUGUAUUAGAUUAGACACAGUAACAUACGGUUUAAAAAGCUCUAGUUACUUGGCAACACGUUGUUUAAAGGAGCUAGCAAUUAGGUACGAAAAUUUGUAUCCUCUAGCUUCCAACAUAAUUAAUAAUCAUACAUAUGUUGACGAUAUUCUUUACACAGAUCAUGAUUUCAACUCAGUUAUAACUGCAAGGAAUCAACUACGCGAAAUACUCAGUCUAGGUGGAUUUCAUACACACAAGUGGGCCUCAAAUAAUAAAAGCAUACUGUCAGAUAUACCACAGACCGAGCAACAACAUUUUUGUAGUUUAGAUUUGCAAAAAGAAAAUUUCGACAUGAAAGCUUUAGGGCUGCGCAUUAAUGUUAUAGAUGAUAACUUUAUAAUAUCAUCCCCUGAACCGUUUAACCCUAAAGAAAUAACAAAAAGAAGAAUAUUAAGUUACAUAGGUAGGUUCUACGACCCUAUGGGGUUUGCAAGUCCUAUUAUAGUAACAGCAAAGGUCAUCAUGCAAAAAAUAUGGCUACAAAAUAUUGAUUGGAAUUCCACUCCCCCUCUUAACAUUCAAGAAGAGUGGCUACAGUUUACAGCUGAUCUAUUAGCAAUGGAGCCAAUUAAACUAAGUAGAAAUAUAGAUAUUUCAGAAAAUUACACUGCAGAGCUGGUGGGAUUUGCUGAUGCUUCGAGUUCCACGGCCUACGGUUGCUGUGUAUACCUGCGAGUCAACAAAUUAGGUAACUCAAAUGCUUACUUGCUCUGUUCGAAAUCUAGAAUAAAUCCUAUUCAAAAGAAGGGCAUGACAGUGCCAAGGCUUGAAUUGAAUGCUGCACUCUUGUUAUCUAAGUUAAUGGCAAAAACAUAUGAUUCACUUAAGCUUAAAGUUAAAAUAAAGGAUGUAUAUCUAUUCAGUGAUUCAAAGAUUGUUCUUGCAUGGAUUGACACUGAAUUGAUGCAGCUUCAAGCUUAUAUAGCGAACAGAGUGAGUGUCAUUCGUCAGGCUACAGGUGCAUGGUCAUGGCUUUAUGUCAACACCAAAGAAAAUCCUGCCGACCUCAUCAGCAGAGGGCUAAAGCCAGGCGAGCUGAACCGGUGCCAGUUAUGGUGGAACGGGCCACAAUUUCUACGUAACAGUGAGUACAAUUUUGAUUGUUGUAAACCAGAGCUCCCCAGCACUCUACCCGAGGUGAGGCCUUGCUUAGUGCUUUCUGAUGACCAAUCAUCAAAUUCUAUUGAAUAUAUUUUCAAACAAUUAUAUAAUUAUUCUAAUAUUACAAAAAUCAUUAGGCUCAUGGCUUAUAUGUUAAGAUUUUUGAAUAAUGUAAAUAAACAUAAAAAUAAAAUAAAUAGUAAAUAUUUAACAAGCUCAGAGCUUGAAAAUGCCUUAAUGGUUAUAGUUAAACAUGAACAAGGUGUCCAUUUCAAAUCUGAAAUUAAUGCACUUUGCAAAGGCAAUAAUUUAAAAGGAACUCUUGUGAACCUACAUCCUUUCAUUGAUAACCUAGGUCUUUUACGUGUAGGUGGGAGGCUCCACCAUGCUGCCAUACCACUGUCACAAAAACAUCCUGUUAUCCUACCAAAGGACUCUUUAAUUACUAGCUUGAUUAUUAAAAGCGAACAUGAAAGAUUACUGCAUGCAGGACCUAAGCUUCUGCUUUCAAGUUUAAACCAAAAAUUUUGGAUUGUAAAUGGCUUAUUACAUAUUAAGAAAAUAACCCACAAAUGUAUUAUAUGUUUUAGAAAUAAGGCGACAGCUGCUCAACAGCUAAUGGGCUCACUGCCAGCCAGCCGUGUCACAGCCACGAGCCGACCGUUCCAGGUUAUCGGCUUGGACUUUGCUGGGCCUGUAGACGUCAAGCUAUCGCGAAUUAGACGCUCUGUAGUCGGAAAAGGUUAUAUAUGCGUUUUUGUAUGCUUUACCACGAAGGCAGUUCACUUAGAACUGGCUUCGGACUUAACCACAGAAACAUUUCUAGGCUGUCUCAAAAGGCAAAUAAGCAGACGUGGAAAGCCCAGCCAGGUCCACUGUGACAAUUUUAGCUCAUUCAAAUCGGCUAGCAACCAAUUAAAUGAAUUGUAUAAGCUGCAUGCAUCUCAGUAUCACCAGGCAAACGUACAAAAAUUUGCUGCAGAACAAGGUAUAAAUUUCCAUUUCAUUCCGUGCUAUUCUCCUACGUUUGGUGGUCUCUGGGAGGCAGCAGUUAAAAGUACAAAAUACCAUUUAAGGCGAGUUGUACAAAAUAGUUUAUUGACAUAUGAACAGCUUAACACAGUUCUUUGUGAGAUUGAAGCUGUACUUAAUUCAAGACCAUUGUUAUCACUCUCAUCUGAUCCAGAUGACUUUUAUUAUUUAACACCUGGUCACUUUAUUAUUGGUAGUGCGUUAACUAUGUAUCCAGAAAACAAUUUAAUUAAUGUACCUAAAAAUAAACUUAAGUUUUGGCAGCUAUGUACUAAUUUAAAACAACAAUUUUGGAAGGUUUGGCAUAAAUAUUAUUUAAAUAUUCUCCAAAAUAGGCCAAAAUGGCGCCAAGACCAGAAUAAUGUUAAAGUAGGAAGUUUAGUUAUUCUAAAGGAUGAUAAUUUAUAUCCUAUGUACUGGCCCAUGGCACGAAUUGUAAGAUUAUGUCCUGGUCACGAUGGAAAGGUCAGGGCCGUCGAGGUCAUGACCCCAAAUAAAAAAACACACAUUCGAGCCAUUAACAAAAUAUGUGUAUUGCCAAUAGAUUCCAAUUAGUAUUUAAUUAUUAUAAGAAUGUUUAUUAAGAAAAUUUUAAAUUUAACAUUGUAAGCAACAAUUAAACUUAACUUGUAAAAUGUUUAAA